AUGGCCGACCGGCAGGCGGGCCCGGCGGCCGGGGACUGGGAGAUCGACGUGGAGAGCCUGGAGCUGGAAGAGGACGGCCUUGGGGCUCCGCCGCCGCCGCCGAUGCCGCCGGGGCCCAGCCCGCCGCCGGCCGACGGGGACGGCGAGGACGAUGAGGACGAGGACGUGGAGGACGAGGACGACGACGUGGAGGACGAGGGCGACGGCGAGGAGGCGGGCGCGUCCCCACGGGCGCCCGGGCGGCCGGAGCAGCAGCAACAGCAGCAGCAGCAGCAGCCGGGAGGCCUCCCGCCGAGGCCAUCGCCGGCGCCGCAGGCCUCGCCGGCCCCCGCGGGGCCCCCGGAGCGCGGCGCGGGCGCGGGCGCGGGCGGCGGCGCGGAGCCGCGCAAGCUGAGCCGCACGCCCAAGUGCGCGCGCUGCCGCAACCACGGCGUGGUGUCCUGCCUCAAGGGCCACAAGCGCUUCUGCCGCUGGCGGGACUGCCAGUGCGCCAACUGCCUGCUGGUGGUGGAGCGGCAGCGCGUCAUGGCCGCCCAGGUGGCGCUCCGGAGGCAGCAGGCCACCGAGGACAAGAAGGGGCUUUCUGGGAAACAGAAUAAUUUCGAGCGCAAAGCCGUGUAUCAGAGGCAAGUGAGGGCACCCAGUCUGCUGGCCAAAAGUAUUUUAGAAGGCUACCGCCCCAUUCCAGCAGAGACUUAUGUGGGAGGGAGCUUACCUCUACCUCCCCCAGUAAGUGACCGGAUGAGGAAAAGGCGGGCCUUUGCUGAUAAAGAGUUGGAGAACAUUAUGCUGGAGAGAGAAUAUAAAGAGAGGGAGAUGCUGGAAGCUUCCCAAGCUGCUGCCUUGUUCCUGCCGAACCGCAUGGUGCAUGGACCUGAAUACAACUACAAAAGUGCCUACAGCCCCACCCCAGUGGAACCACCAAGCAAAGACUUCUGUAAUUUUUUGCCCACCUGUCUUGAUCUAACCAUGCAGUAUUCAGGGUCUGGGAAUAUGGAGCUAAUUUCUUCAAAUGUCAGUGUGGCCACGACUUACAGACAGUAUCCUUUGUCCUCAAGAUUUUUAGUUUGGCCCAAGUGUGGCCCCAUUAGUGACACUCUCCUCUACCAGCAAUGCCUGCUAAACACCACCACCUCGGUUCAAGCCCUGAAAUCUGGGGCCAGCUGGGACUUGAAAGGAGUACCAGUCCAGGAUGGACUCAGUGCCGAACACGACGUGAUGCCAUCCAAAUUGGAGGGCUCUCUGGUGCUGCCUCACACUCCCGAGGUCCAGACCUCAAGAAGUGACCUUCAGGGUCACCAGGCUGUCCCCGAGAGGUCUGCAUUCUCCCCACCCCGACGGAAUUUCUCUCCAGUUGUUGACACGGACUCCCUGGCAGCUCAAGGGCACAUCUUAACCAAGAUCAGCAAAGAAAGCACCAGGCACCCUCUGCCACUUAAACAUAAUCCAUUCCACUCACUAUUCCAGCAAACUCUUAAUGACAAAUCAGGUCCUGAGUUGAAAACACCAUUUGUCAAAGAGGCCUUUGAAGAGGCCCCUAAGAAACACAGGGAGUGUUUAGUCAAGGAGAACCAGAAGUACACAUUUACAAUAGAUAGAUGCGCAAAAGACCUUUUCGUAGCCAAACAAGUUGGAACAAAACUCUCGGUGAAUGAACCGCUGUCAUUUUCUGUUGAGUCUAUUCUCAAGAGGCCUUCAUCUGCCAUCACUCACAUCUCUCAGUGA